UCCUCCUCAUAUUCAAAAUUUAGCCUCCAAUUCACUUCACCAUCACCUGUAGUCUUCUCUCCUUUCCUCCUUACCUUCGAGGUUUAGUUAGUCCAAACUCCUUACUGAAACAUGAUCAACUCGAAGAGGAUUAUGGAGAUUGCUCGCAAAUGGCAGAAGCAAGCCAUGAGACAAAGGGUUCAAGUCUCCCUCAAAACAACUAGUGAGGAAGUUAGACCAGUUGCUGAUGAGGGUUACUUUGUCAUUUAUACAACAGAUGGAAGCCGUUUCGUGAUUCCUUUGACUUUCCUUAAUCGCCCUAUCUUUAGAGAGUUACUCUUGAUGGCUGAAGAAGAGUUUGGUUUCACAGGAUGUGGUCCUCUAAGAGUGCCCUGUGAAGCAUUUGCAAUGGAGUACAUAGUCUCCCUUUUGAGAAAGAAUGCAUCAAGAGAGUUGGAUAAGGCAUUGGCUGCCAUGGCCUCUUGCAGAACCUCUCUUGCUUCCCUAGCCCUUCAUGAAACGACCUCUGCAAACAUGAUUCAUCCUGGAUUUUGAGUUUACCAGUCGUGAGUCUUGCAUUCAAGACUUUAUUUGGAGGUGGAACGAAGCAGU